UGAGUUUUCUGACAAUAUAUGGAGAAGUGAAAUAAACUCCCACCCUAUGGCUUAUGGAUUUUGUUUGUCAGUAGAAGGGUGUAUUCAUUUGUCCUAUUGACAACAUUAGACUAUGUCUUCAACCUGUCUCUCUCCACCUCUUGUAAAUAAGUGUUUCUCCUCUCUCUAGAGUGUGUUUAGGUCCCUGCUACAUUUGAGGCUCCUGCGGGCAAGAGUGGUGUAUGUGUGCCGUGACGACAAAGCUGUAAGGGGCCCCAGAGGCAGAAGAAACUGCAAGCCUUCCCUGACCUGCAUAUUUCCAUAAAGAAGAAUGGGUUGUAACCAGAACUAUUGCCUGCUGAGUGGUGCAAUUAUAGGUGCAGUUCUAGCCAUCUUUGGAGGUGCUCUGAUCCCCGUUGGAAACUAUCUUAUUGAGAAGACAAUAAAAAAGGAAACAGUAAUUGAAAAUGGUACAAUUGCAUAUGAGAACUGGGUUGUGCCAGGGAGUCCGGUCUAUAGGCAGUUUUGGAUCUUUGAUGUACAAAACCCAACAGAGGUAAUGAAAAAUGGAUCAAAACCAAUACUCAAGCAGAAAGGCCCCUACACUUACAGGAUGCGAUAUUUGCCCAAACAAAACAUCACUCAACAUAACGACUCAACAGUGUCUUUCUUCCAGCCAAAUAUUGCUUUCUUUCAGCCAGAUCUAUCAGUUGGGCCAGAAAACGACACUGUCACAGUAAUCAACCUUGCCGUUGUGGCUGCACCUGCUUUGUAUCAAAGCGGCUUAAUACAAACAAUGUUGGACAUUUGGGUGAAGUCAUCAGGAUCACAAUUCCUUCAGAACAGAACUGUGCGUGAAAUACUCUGGGGCUAUGACGACCCUUUCUUGAAGAAAAUUCCAUUUCCAGUUGAAACAAAAGUUGGCGUAUUCCUUCCUUACAAUGGUACAUUUGAUGGCCUUUAUAGAAUCUACAAUGGGAAAAAUGACACAAGCAAGACGGCGAUCAUCCAUAGUUAUAAAGACAAAAGCACCCUUCCAUACUGGAAGAAGUAUUGUGAUAUGGUCAAUGGCACAGACGGGGCCUCAUUUCCCCCUUUCGUCCAAAAGAAUGAAAUACUCCAUUUCUUUUCUUCUGAUAUUUGCAGAUCAAUCUAUGGCUACUUUGACAGUGAACAGUAUGUGAAGUACAUCCCACUCUAUCGCUUCAUAGUACCUCCAGAUGCUUUUGCAUCUCCUCUUGUCAAUCCUGAUAACAUCUGCUUCUGCACGGAUAAAGUGAUGUCCAAGAACUGCACAUUAGCUGGGGCAUUGGACAUCAGUUCUUGCAAACAAGGAAAGCCAGUAGUUAUUACACUACCCCACUUCUUGUAUGCAAGUAAAGAGCUUACUGAAGGGGUUGAAGGAAUGCACCCAAAUUUACAGGAGCAUAUGACCUUUUUAGAUGUGGAGCCAUUAACAGGAUUCACCCUACAAUUUGCCAAAAGAUUGCAAAUAAACUUGUUAGUGAAGCCUUCUUCAAGAAUUACGGCUCUAAAACAGAUUAAGGUUCCCUUUGUCUUUCCUAUUCUGUGGCUGAAUGAGACGGCUGUUAUUGGUGAUAAGAAAGCAGAAUUUUUCCGAUCGAAAGUGACUAACAAGAUCAAACUGCUAAAGCUGGUGGAAGCAAUGGCCAUUAUUGUUGGCAGUGUGAUGUUCCUUGGAUUCCUGGCCUCUUUUUUAAUAUGCCGAGCACAGAAAGUAAAAUGAUUAUCAAGGUGCUGCAGAUGUAAGCAACAGUCACUUCAGAUUUCAAGCAAGGGGGGUGAUGAACCUUCCUGAUGAACCUUCCUAAUGGCAUUGCUGGACUGUGCUUUGUAAGUGGCAACUAACCUGUGGAAGAAACCCCACCUCAGUGCGGCAAGUGCAGCGUGUGCUUCUUGUCUACCAGAAUCCCAAGGUUAUUCAGAAGAGCUAUUCUAACGUCGCUAUAGAGACUAUCAUGAAAUCUGAACUUCUGAAGUUCUAAGAGCCUCUUAGUAAUUCAUCUACUUUAAAAUGAAGAUCUGAUCUGGAAUCAAGCCUCUGCUCUCAUUUAUGGAGCUUGCUGCUGCCAUAAUCUCCCACAUACACACACACACUGCUUUCCACCUUGGGAAUUCAAGAAUGGGAAUAGACAGUCUUGGGCUAAACUGCUUAUUGAAAGAACAAUAUACUGGCAAUAUCCUGCUCUCAAACGUGUUGCAAUCCUCCCCCCCUCCCCCCGGGAAAAGAAGCUUCUGAAGUCAAGUGGCUGUUCCAAAGAUGUGAUUUUUUUUUUUAAGAAAAAGCUAAAUGUAAUACACCAUUCAUUUGUAGUAUAUGGAUGUCAGUAAAGGAGUUGUCAAAAAGA